CGUUGCUUUUGUCGCACACACAAAAUCGUUGUUGUUUGUGUUUUGGGCGUCAGAUGACACAGUUGCGUCUGUGUGCCAUCAUCACAGCAUCGUGCACGUUACUUGAAGCACGACGGGACGGGGCGUGGCUGUACACCGCGUCGUCAGAUCGCACCAUCACGCCAUCGUCCGUGCAUGGGCGCACACUGCUGCCGCGCAUCAAAUGCGGUGGCACCAAUCACAGGCAACGAGCACGAAGCACAGCAGCAGCAGCACUUCAACAAGGUGAAGCAGGGGCAGGUUCAGAGGACUGGAUCGCCAGUUGCGGUGGCUGCGACGGCGGCAUGGGGUGCAGCAGCUCAGAGCAACCAAGCUACGGACCAAGGCGCAACUCGAGACACGGCAGCAGCAGCACCAGUGUCAAGUGCAACAGUCGCGCACGCAGAAGCGGAAGCGGCAGCCGCCAAGCCCUAUGCGAGUGUGUCAGACAGGGAGGAUGUGCGUACUCCAGGCGGUGCGGAUGACAGCGCUGCACCUGCAGAACACAUGGCAGAGCCUUCAUCCAGCGAUGUGCUCCCGGGGCAAGUUGUGACUGAGACAGACGACAGGCCUACUGCAUCUGCGGUUGAGGAUGACGGCACGCGAGACCUGGAGAAUCCAUCGCGAUCAUCGUUGGCAGCGGCUGCAACUGCGGCCGUCGCUGUGCACCGAACUGUGCUUGACAUGGAUGAAACAAGCUGGAGUACGGAUCGUCCUGACCUUCUCAUUGAACCGGUUUCGCCCGUGGCUGAUCGUACUGGUCGCGAGGGUGUUGAGGCAGCUGCGGGGACACAGUUGACGGUGGUGCAGGGUCCAACCAGCACCGUGCGCACCACACCACGCAUUCGCAAGCUCCAAGAACGUCUACAUUUCGUCCGCUCUCCAUUUGAAGGCAACAGACACCCGGUUUCGCCAAAGAUCCGGCAAGUACAGCUUGAGAUUGGCUUCAUCAAGCCAGCGCCGCUCCGCGACCCCUUCCAGAGCAUGUGGCCCUCUGCGCGCAGCACGGCGACAGAAAGCAGCAGUAAUCUUAUUCUUGACAGCGACCCCAUUCAGACCCAACAGCCGUCGUAUCCAACGGACACGGACAGCACAAUUUAAUCGACUUCGACCCAGAAUCUACGAUUCGCACAUGCACAUGGCUGAUGUACGCAUUUGUUUUAUCAGACGUAAAUAUCCACCGCA